CAUCACUGAAAGUGAGACAUAUCCUUUGUUGGGAAGGAUGCAUUACCUGAGAAUAACCAUGGUGUGGAAUAUACUCUACAUAUCUCUGACAUUAUUUUCUGUGUCCUUGAUCCAGCAAGUUUCAUCUCAAGAACUCUCCUGUAGAGGACGUUGCUUUGAAGCUUUUGUCAGAGGAAGAGAGUGCGACUGUGAUGCAGACUGUGAAAAAUAUGGCAAGUGCUGCUCAGACUAUAAUAAGCAUUGCAAAGAAGUCCAUACUGUGAAAUCAUCGCACUCUUCCGCAACCACUCCUUUGGUCAACAAGUCAACAACGAAGCGUUCUCCUAAAAAUGGAAAGAAGAGGACGCCAAAGAAAGUAGUAGAAUCCCAUGAAGUCAUGGAAGAACAUUCACAGUCUGAGAAACAGAAUUCUUCUUCCUCAUCGUCUUCCUCCUCCUCCUCCUCAACAAUUCGGAAGACUAAGGCUUCAUCAAGAAAUUCCAGUGAAAACAUCCCCAAAAAGAAAAAUAAUAAAAAAAAUGAUAGAGAAGUAAAGGAUACCAGAAAUGAGCAAGAACUGGAAAAAAGUCAAACUGAUGGGCCAAGAGAAAUUUAUGAGGAGGUUGGCAGUGGACUGGACAAUGUGGAGAUCAGGCCUUCUCCCAUUACAAAGGAACCUGAUGAAGAUAUUUCAAGACUAGAAAAUAAAGGUACAACAGUGGCAACUUUGUCAGAAGAUCGUACUAGCCAGACCCCUACCUCUCAGUCAGAUAAAACUAGCACACACCUCAAAAUGGCUACUACAAAACCAUUAACUACAAAAACGAAUCUACCACCUAGUACACCAAGUAUGGCUAAGGUCUCAACAUUACCCACUACAAUUAAAGACACCAGAACUACAGCUUUGAAAGUGACAACUACUGCAGAUAAAGGAACAACUGUAGGUAAACAAGACACAACUACUGCAGAUACAAAACCAACAACAAUAGCUAAGACAAGCACUACAACAGCAGCUAACAAAGCAACAACAGCUACAGUUAACGAGCUAACAACUCCUGCUAUAGUAGUAGCAACAGAUAAGAAGGCUACCACAACAGCAGGUAGAGAAGAAACAACAGCGAUAAGAGUCACAACUACUGCUCCUAGAGUGGCAACAGUAGCUGCUAAGGACACAACUACAGCAGGUGGAAAGGCAACAACAACGGCUAAAAGAGAGACCACAGCAGAUAAAAAAGAUAUGACUCCUGUAGCUAUAAAAGAUACAACUACAGCAGUUGUAAAGACAACAACAACAAAAAAAGACACAACAGCUGUAGGUAGAGAACCUGUGUCAACAAUUAAAAUUGAAACACUACCACCUAAAAUAGCUACACCUACUGUGGGAAAGGGGGAUGUAACUACAGGAAAGAAACAAACAACACCUACAAGUAGCAUGACAGUAGCUACAACAGAUAAAAAAGAUACAACCAGUGCAGAGGGAGACACUGUAACAAGAGCCACUAAAACUGAUGCAACUAGAAUGGGUAAAGUGACUGUCACUGCCACAGAUGAAAAAGACACAACAGAAGCAGCAACCGCUAAAAAAGAAACAACUCCGAUUGAUAAAGAAAUUAUGACAACAACAAAUGAAAAAUAUAAAACCACAGUUAAACCAGACAUAGCCCCUGAAACUGAAGAAACUGUAACAACAGCUAAAAAAGAUAUAACUACUGUGGACAAAGAGACUGUAAUGUCGCCUGAUGAAAGAGACGUGAUUACAGCUAAACCAGUCUCAACUCCUGUAGCCAGAGAGAGUGUAAAAACCACAACUAAAUUAGUCACAACUCCUGCAGCUGAGGAAACAGUAACAACAAUUAAGAAAGACACAACUACAGUGGGCAAAGAGACUGUAACGUCCCCUGAUGAAAGAGAUGUGAUUACAGCUAAACCAGUCACAACUCCUGCAGCCAGACAGACUGUAAAAACCACAACUAAAUUAGUCACAACUCCUGCAGCUGAGGAAACUAUAACAACAGCUAAGACAGACACAACUACAGUGGGCAAAGAGACUAUAAUGACAACAAAUGAAAAAGACAUCACUACAACUACACCAGUCACACCUCCUGCAACCAGAGAGACUGUGAAAACCUCAAUUAAACCAGUCACAACUGCUGUGGACAAAGGGACUGUAACAAAAACAGAUGAAAAAGAUCCUACAACAUUAUCAGCUACAAAAGACACAACCACUGUAGUUAAAGAUGCACCAAAGAUAGCAGAUGAGAAAGUUACAGUAGUUGCGCCUAAAAAGAUCAGCAUGAUAACAACAGAUAAACCGGACAGACCUCCUGCAGUUGUGUUAUCAACAGUCACAAUUCGUGCAGCAGGAGAGACUGUAACACCACGACCUGCUAAGACAGACACAACAACGAAAGCUAAAGAUAUUCUAACAACAACUAAAAAAGAAACAACAACUGCAAACAAAGAGAUUGUAACAAUUAAAGAUGAAAAAGACACACUGCCAGUAACAACAGAUAAAAAAGACACAACUAGUGGAGCUAGAAAGAGUAUAAUGACAACAGCGAAAGAUACUCUAAGUACCACUAAACAGAUGCCUAGUGCUGCUAAAGAAACAACAACUGUGGCUAUAAAAUUAACUGCUGAAGGUAAAGAGACUACCACUAUUGCUGAAGAAACAACAACUGAGAGCAAAAGAGAGUCUACCACAGUGUCCAAAGAGACAACUACAGGAGAUAAAAAGGACACUACUACUGCAGCCAGAGAGACAAGUGUGGCUGAUACAAGAGAGACAACUACAGCAGGUACAAGAGAAACACCUUCUACUGAUAAAGAGGGGAGUACAGAUGGUAAAAAAGAGAUCACCACUGUUACCAAAGUUAAAAUUGCAGUGAAAAAAAAAGAAAAAGAAGCUGCCACAAGAGAGUCUUCAUCAACUGAAAAAAGACAGACAACUACUGUUAUCAAAGAAACAACCCCAAUAGAUAAAAAAGAAACACCACCUAAUAACAGAGAGGCAAUUACAGAAAAUAAUGACAGAACCACCAGUACCACCCCUGAAGAGACACCCACCACAGAUAAAGUCUCCCAGGGAAGUUCAGCCUCACCCAUACAAGAUGAACCCACUGUCACUCAAAUCCCACUGGUAAGAGCCACCGCCAAAACCACCAUUGACCAAAGAACUAACAAGCCUAUGAUACAAAUUACAGAUUCCCCUAUUUUCCCGGGAGAGACACCAGGUAGUCAUUUUCCUUCAAGAGAAAAAGCAAAGACAGUACCAGAUGCUCCAGUGGAAAGCACAACAGGAGUUGAAUUGAUCGAAGAAUACAAAAGGCCUCUCCCUACACAACAAGAUAGAAACAAAGUUACUUCCCCAAGGAGAAAUACUAUUUCUCCACUGGUUGAACAAGAAGGUAGAACCAUGGCCAAAACACCUUUCCUAACUACUGAAAAAUCCAGCCCAUAUAUAGUUACCGAAAAAAGAAACAUCUCAAACCCUAAGAAAGGACCCAGCUCAUCUCCCCUUUCUGUGAUGCCACAUCUAGAAGCUACUGUUACUGUGCCUACAAACUUUUCUACGACGCGGCUCAAAGAACCAUCCAAUACAAAAGUUCAGUCUAAAACCACUGAGGAAACUUUUACUAAAGGAAUGGUAGCAACUCCUGUUUCUAAAGAGACCACGCAAAACUCUGCACAUACGCACAGUAGACAUCCUACCACCAAGAAAAACACACCACCACCUACAACUGAAAAUCUGCAGAAACCAACACGUCCAAUUAUUCUUGAACAGGAGGAACCUAAAGGUAAUACGUUUGAUCCAACGCCUGUUCCAGACAGAACUUUACCUCACAGAAACACAGGCAGCCCAAAAGAAACCCCUGAUCCUUUUGAGGGACCCACACAAAAUCCUCACUCUCCAAAAGAAGAUGAUUUCAAGGAGAACCCAGAAACAUUAUUCACAACUUCUUUUCCACCUAAUCCUAAAGGCAGUGAUGCAAGUAAACAGUUGGAAAGCAGUACCCCCAAAUCAGAGAUGACAAGAACCACAACCUCUAAUCCUGCUCUCUCUCGAAAGCAAGAAACAACACACAGCGUUACAGCUAAUCCCCAAACUGAUCUUGUUUCAGAUAGAGAAACUACCAAGAAAAGCCCAACAGAUAACACAAGCACUUCAGUAAAAUAUACUGUAACAACUUUAACCUAUACAACUGAUAGGACUGCACAUCAUAUCCCUACAUUGCCUAGCAGAUUCAUAAGGAAUGAAGAAAGAGAAGUUAAACAUUUCCCCACCGAAACACCAUUUACAUCUUACUCAACAAAAGCUCCUGAAAGAAGUACUAUGAAACAUGCAAACUUUAAUCUCUCCAACCCAAAGGAUGACAAAAACAAGCCACUGGUUAAAAAAGAUGAUUCAGAUGGGAAGAAUUUGUGUAACAAAAAGCCAGCAGAUGGGAUGGUUGCUUUACAAAAUGGAACAUUAGCUGUAUUCCGAGGUCACUACUACUGGCUGCUGAAUCCCGAUAGCCCGCCAACAGUUUCCCCUCGUAAAAUCAGUGAAGUGUGGGGUAUUCCAUCCCCCAUUGAUACAGUCUUCUCCAGAUGCAACUGCGACAGCAAAACUUUCUUCUUAAAGGGUUCACAAUACUGGCGCUUCACCAAUGAUGUAAUGGAUAAAGGGUAUCCCAAGCAAAUUGCAAAAGGAUUUGCAGGACUAAAUGGAAAAAUAAUUGCAGCUCUCCCAGUAGCAAGGUAUAACAACAGGCCAGAGUCUGUAUAUUUUAUCAAAAAAGGUGGCAACAUGCAGCAUUACAUCUACAGACAAGAACCAGCCAAGAAGUGCAAAAAAAAAACACGUGUUACUAUAAGGUACCCAGCUUACACACCAAGACUUGUGAUAAGGAGACGUUUUGAACGUGCAAUAAGAACACAGACUGUUUACCAAACUAUCAAAAUCCAAAAAUAUUCAACAGGAAUAUUACAUGAUGAGGUCAAACUUCCUACUUAUUGGAGAGGAUUUCCGAAAACAGUUUACACAGCUCUAUCAAUCCAGAAUUACCAGAAGCCAGAUGGCUAUGACUACUAUGUCUUCUCUAAAGAUCAAUACUACAACGUGAAUGUGGGCAGCAGAAUAGUAAGAUCAGUUACUGCUAUAACAGGGCAGACAGUAUCUAAGGAUUGGUACAAGUGUCCUAACAGUGAUUUGGAACACAGGAUUUGAAAGAAGGAAGCCUUUCUUAUUUUUGACAGUUUGUCUAAUUUUAUUAAUAAAAGACACUGAAAUGUGGGCACACAAAUCUAAAUACAAAAUGCAGCUUUAAGCUCUGCCAUCAUUACACUAAGGAAGUCUGCAUACAUGGCUCCAAUUACUUCACAGAACGUUUAACUGAUAUUGCCUCUGUUA